AUGAAGGAAGCUGAUAGUGGAGGUGGUGGAGGCACGUCCAGCCCCUACGCGCGCGCCGACUUCGACGGGCAGCGCCGCAAGACGCGCACCGUGGCCAGGGACCUCAACCCGGCGUGGAACGAGGCGCUCGAGUUCGACUUCCCGCCCGCCGGCGUCGACCCGGUCGAGGGGGAGCCGCUCGAGGUCGCCGUGCUGCACGACCUCCGCGUCGGGCCUACCCGCCGGAGCAACUUCCUCGGCCGCGUCCGCCUCGACGCGCGCCAGUUCGUGCGCAGGGGCGAGGAGGCGCUCAUCUACUUUCCGCUCAAGAAAGAGAAGGGCUUCCUCAACAGCUUCAACUGGGUCCGCGGCGACAUUGGCCUCAACCUCAAGGUGUACUACGUCGACGUGCCGCUCGCGCCAACGGAGCCGGAGCCACCCGCCGCUGGCAACGACGCCGCUCCUCCUGAUGCAGCGGCGGCAGAGUCGGAAGCAGCAGCACCGCCGCCCGAUGCUGCUGCUACGGCUUCCACGGAUGAGCCUCCCAAGGCCGAGGAGCCGAUGGAUGCAGCAGCUCCGGCGCCGCAGCCGGAGGCGGCAGAGGCAUCAGCCGGUGACGGAGCCACCACAGAGAAGCCACCGGAGGCUGAUCCCGCACCGGCGACGCCGGAAGACGCGCCCGUAAUGACGGCGGAGGCGGUGGCAGCAUCGGAGGAGAGGCCACCGGAAGAGGAGCCAGUGUCAACCCCGCCACCGCAGCCGACGCCGACGCCGAUGCCACGGCAGGCAUCGAUGCCUGUACGCCAGCUGCCGCCGCUGACGCCGAUGCCACGGCAGGUAUCGAUGCCUGUACGCCAGCUGCAGCCGCCGCCGCCCCAACUGGAUGAGCCGAUGGUGCAGAGCAAGCACGAUCUGGUGGACAAGAUGCCAUACCUGUUCGUCCGUGUGGUGCGCGCGCGCGGGCUGCCCGCCGGCGCGCACCCGCACGUGCGCGUGGCCGCCGGCGGCCACCAGGCGUCCACGCGGGAGGCACGCCGCGGCGCCUUCUUCGAGUGGGACCAGACCUUCGCGUUCGUGCGGGAUCCGGCCACCGACUCGCCGGGCCCCACGCUCGAGGUCUCCGUCUGGGACCUGCCGCCCGACGCCGACGUGUCCGUCGCCGACGAUCGCCACUUCCUUGGCGGCCUCUGCUUCGACACCGCCGACGUGCAUGCGGGGGACCCGCCGGACGGGCCUCUCGCGACGCUGUGGUACAGGCUCGAGGGCGGGCGCCGCCUCGGUGGCGCCGACCUCAUGGUCGCCACGUGGGCGGGCACGCAGGCCGACGAGGCCUUCGCCGACGCCUGGAAGGCGGACUCCCCGUCGGCGCCCACGGCCACGGCCGCCGCCACGUCGCGCGCCAAGGUUUACGCCUCGCCUAAGCUCUGGCACCUGCGCCUCACCGUCAUCGAGGCGCAGGACACGCUCACGGCGCCGCCUCCCCGCGACGCCGGCAUCGCGGUGCGCGGCACGCUGGGCUUCCAGGCGCUCAAAACGCGCACCACGCCGGUGGCGCGCAACGGAGGGCCUUCGUGGAACGAGGACCUUCUCUUCGUCGCCGCCGAGCCGUUCACUGACGACGACUGCCUCGUCAUCUCCCUCGAAGUGCGCCACGGCAAAGAGGUCUUCCCCGUCGGCUCGGCUAGCAUAUCGCUGGCCACCGUCGAGAGGCGCGUCGACGACCGGAAGGUGGCUUCCAAGUGGAUCGACCUCCUCCCGUCCGACGAGGCAACGAAGAGAGUCGGCAAGAAGGCGCCGCGCGCGCCGGCGCCGCACCCGUGCGUGCGCGCGUCCAUGGCGGAGGCGCCCGACAGGGAGGAGCUGGACGAGGAGUUCGACACGAUCCCGAGCGCAAGGCCACCUGAGGUGGUGCGGGCGCGGUACGACCGCGACAGGAUGGUGGGCGCGCGGCUGCAGCAGAUGGUGGGCGACGUCGCGACGCAGGCGGAGAGGCUGCAGGCGCUCGUGUCUUGGCGCGACCCGCGCGCCACCGGGUUGUUCGUCGCGCUGUGCGUGCUCGUGGCCAUGGUGCUGUACAUGGUGCCCAUGAAAAUGGUGGCUGUGGUCGCCGGCUUCUACUACCUGCGCCACCCGAUGUUCCGGGAUCGGAUGCCGGCAACAGUGAUCAACUUCUUCCGGCGGCUGCCUUCCAUGUCUGAACGGAUCAUGCAGGGGCAAGCAAUCAGUGGCAACGGAGUAUCAGUUUGGCACACACGACUGAAGAUUGUUGCAAUGAAUUGA